GAAGUCUCUCAGUUGGUUUCGUUCCGUGCCGUGUAUAGAGUGUAUGUCCACCGCACACCGCGUUGUCUAAGAGGAGAUAGAGAUAUGACAAUUAAAAUUGUUACUUAGUUUUACUUACAUUCAUUUCACUUUCUAAACAGGCGGUCGUUUAGUGCUUUUGUUUAUUUUGUUCCAACAAUAAUGAUGUAUAAGUGUUUCAUAAUUGUAGCCGCUCUUAUUGCAGCCACUACUGCUAAAGUAUCUCCAAAAGUAAAAUGUACUCCAACGCAAAUGAGGGUAGAAGUACCAAUCUCCUCUACCACAAUGUCGGUAUAUAUCCAAGGUCUGAGAGACUAUCCUGAUCCUGCUUGUCGACCUCAUACUGACUCAACUGGAUCCUUAGCUAUACUAGAGCUUGAUCUGAAAGAUGUCUAUAGAUGUGCUGUUACCAGAGCUAUCAACAAACAAACGGGAAAACAAAUCUACUAUCAAACUCUUGUCAUUGAAAAUGUGGAGAGUGAUGGACAAACUACGAAGGAUACUCUUCACGUUAAGUGUUCCAUAUAUUCCUUAAAAAAUCACACGCUAACUAAGAGGAACGUGUUACCUGCAGGAUUUCAGGAACCAGAAGAAAUCGAGAUUUUAACGACCAACGAAACAAUCGGCCGAGCCCCCGAACCGAUCUUGGGUGUUGGAGUAAGGCAAGCUGGUAAAUUAGUAACAGGAGAACUCAAUGUAUCACCAGGAACUCCCUUGCAAAUGGAAAUUUUCUUGGAUAAUGUGUCAGCACCGAUUUAUGGACUACUGGUGACUCAUAUGCAAGUAACUGAUACGAAAACUCAAGAAGAAACUAUUAUUUACAACGGGUGCUCCAUAGAUCCAUAUCUGUUUGAAAACUUCCAUACUGUGGAUGGAGACUUCCUGUCUGCUAAAUUCAGAGCUUUCAAAUUUCCAGAAUCGACUUACGUCCAAUUUAAAGGAACAGUAAACGUGUGUCUCGAUAAAUGCAAGGGGGUUGAAUGUAGUGAUGGUCAAAUCGGAUACGGUCGAAGAAAAAGAGCUAUUUCCGAAAUACCAGCAGAUCCGAACAAGAUAUUUGAAAUUACCAUCACGUCUUUUAUAAAAGUAGGAUCCGAAGUAUCUGUUAACGAAGCGAGUGAUGAGAAAACCUACAACAAUAAAAAAUUUAUAGUUGGAAAUCAGAUGACUGAGAGAGACAUUGUAAAGGAUCAAGGAUUCUUCAGAAGCGACCCAGUCCAAGAAGUCCUCGAGCUUAAGGAAGAAGAAAAAUACACUUCAAUAGUCGCUGAGAACAGUGCUUUCGCCCCAGUGAUAGCAAUGUCAGUUCUACUGCUAGGAAUUUUCCAACUAAUUCUGUAAAUAACUACAAUAGUGCAGGCUCAAAAUUAUUGUAAUUUUAUCUAAUGAUUGUAAAUAUGUCUGUGAUAAUGUGAUGCGAACAAACAAGUAGGUGUGAAUGUGAUCGAAAAGGUUGCAGGAAAAAAAGAUUUAUCGAAAAAUAAGUACCUAUAAAAAUCCACGAGGAAAGUAAAAUUCCUAUAGCUGGCUUUAUACCAUAAACCACAAAAAAUACGAGAUCCUUUGUAAAAGGUAUAUUUAAAAUUCCCUAAAUAAGGGUUACAUAAAAUCAAGGAACGUUUUCGGAUUAAAAAAUCCAUCAUCAGUGUUACUAAAAAGCCCUAAAAUAAGUAUAACCUGAUUAGUUAAGAAAAAUGAUUUAAAAAUCUUGCAUUUUUUUAACCUUAGUAAACUUUUUGGGCUUAUAGUCAUACUUAUUUUAGGGCUUUUUAGUAACACUGAUAAUGGAUAAUCUAAUCCGAAAACCUUCUGUGAUUUAAUGUAAUCCUUGUUUAGGAAAUGUUAAAUAUGCCUUUUACAAAGGAUUUCGUAUUUUUUAAGUAUAAAAAUAUUAAAAUAAUUAUGGUAAAAAAUUCAUUGCCUGAAAAAAAAAUCAAAAGCUUCAAUAACGAAACUGAAAACGAUAUUGUACCGACUGACAUUUAUUUUGUAAAAAAAAUCUUUCAAUGUUACUUUUCUUUAUCUAAAUAUUAGUUACAACUUAAAUCCUAUAUUUCCAAUAGUCGACCUCAUGGAUGGCCCUAUCAUUUGCUAAAAUUAGAUAUUUAUCUGUGUAUGUCUCUAUUAAGUUUGUGCAUGUUAGCAGGUGGUGACUACUCUGAACCACUCCACAGUCGCUGGUAUCAGCCUUCUUGUAUCCUUAUCUUUUCAGAUUACUAGCACAACGUGAGACGCAAGUUCUUAGUCUGUUUAAGGAUAUCCAUGUCAGGUAAGUUGAUCUGUGUCCAGUAGCCAUUUCGUCUGUAGGGGCCAAAUGUUGUGGUAGGUUGCCAUAGGUUUCUUAGCUAUGGAACUGACAGAUAUUUACUUUUUCAGAAAGUUUUUCUGAAACUUAAUCUUGGCUGAGUUUGGUGGUCACACAAGGAGUGUCUUCUAUCCAUCUCUGGCUUCUUUCGUUCUACCUCUGAUGACGUGAACUGUCUUCUGAUUUAUGGUAGAGCGAUUCCAAUUAUGGGAUAGACCUCUUCGAUGGGUGGCGGUUUCAAGCAACCAGAUAUUGUACGGACUGUUUCAGUGAGAGCCACGUCGACGUUUUUAGAAUUUACUCACACUAGUGCUCUAAAUUCCCUAACGACAAAGUAUAAUGCUAAGGCAGAGGUGUGGAAAGUGUGUGGCUGUAUUCCCAAUUUUGUAUUAGUUACUUUGGAGAUGAUAUUAUUUCUUGAAGUUAUUUUUUCUUGACCUCUUGACAAUGAUAUGGAUAAGAGAGUUCUAUCUAGAUGUAGGCCGAGGUAUUCCAGAAUCUUGUCAAGCCAUUCCACCUCCAGUAUCCUUGAAACAUGCUUGUUACUAAGGUGGAAAAUACACACCUCUAUUUUUGCGGCAUUGAAUUUCAGAUGGUUUUUACCAGUAUAGUGUCUAGAAUAUUUGUCAGUUUUUCUUCGACCACGUUAAAGGUGCUACCUGAGCUGCCACAGCUGUAUUAUCAGCGUAAAUAAAUUGUUUAGUUUGUUGGUUUAUGGGUUGCUAGUUGGUGUAUACGUUGUAUAGAAUCCUACAUCGAAUGUUCCUGGACUGGGACUGUAGUGUUACGUAGAAGCGUAUGUUCCGAAGAACAGUGAUACACACUGAAAAACAUAUACCUUUAAAUAAUUGUGUACUUAAUUGUGUAAUGGUGUUAAAUGCCUUUCUUAAAAAUUGUUUUGGAGCACAAUUUGUGUUUUUUCAAAUUUCUAAUUUUCGAUAAAUCCCAAUAAGUUUUUCCGCUCCCUUAAUUAGUAGAUCUGCACUGUAUGGAAACAAACAAUAAUAUUAAUGAGUUUUUAACUAAAACUGCCAACUAUUUUUAACUAAUACCGAAUAAUGUAAAACUGCCUUCUAAAUAACAAUUUAAAAAAAAAUAGCAAAACGAUUUUACUAUCGUAGGUAUGAGUAAUUUUAUUUUUAAUGUUACCAUUACCAUGAAAUCGAUAUUAAAAAUUCUGAGUAGAAGAACAAACCGAAUACGUUCGGUGCUAUAUUUUUUUAACGUUUUUAUGUAUUUCAUAUAUUUAUAAAUCUUCAUUAGGCGCAAAUGCUAGCAAAUAUCUCAAACUACAAACGAAUGUUCUUGAUAUGACAUCGAAACAAAAAAUAUAAUACUGGUUCUGAAUUCACCAUGAUUUAAAUAUCGGAGACCACCGUGGUUUUAUAGGCAUAAGACAGCAGAAGUAAUUCUGGUGUGAACUAUAUAUUACUGAAUUUCAGCUUUGUUUAGCUCUUUGCCUUGGAUCUAUGAUCUAUCUGCACUAUUUUAUCCAGUAGCUUCUCUGUUUGGCCACAAAAUAUAGCGCUGAAAUAAUAAUACUGCAUAAUUUUGUAGCAGUAUGUCUACCCUUAUUGCUGUUACGGACUGAUGAUGGCUUAUUUUCGUAACCUCUUUUUCUGUGCAUACUCGGCUUAAUCGAGGUUUUCUUUACUACAGUAUGCGGCAAAAUAAGCAGUAUUGAAAUGAAUAUUAUAUUGAAAUUAUUGAAUAUUAUAUUAAAAUGAAUAUAUACCAGUAACUGAAUUGUAGAGACAAAAGGGAUACCAACUGAGACAUGGGAAAAAUAUUUCAGAGAACUCUACAAAGGUGAAGACUCCAAUGACGAACACGAUUACAAUACAGAAGACACGUAUAUCACUAAAGAAACUGAAGUAGAAGCGAGAAUGAAGAUCUUAAAAAAUAGACGAUCGCCAGGUACUAAUUCUAUUCGCCCUUUAACUUUUUUUUUUUUAAACCGUUGAUAUAAAAAACGAUAUUUAUUCAUAAUAAUAUUAUUCUGGAUCAACUGUAUUUAUAUUAAUGAAUUAAACGUUUAUUGUUAAUAAGAUAUUUGCAAGCAGUUGUCAAAACAGAUGAUACCUUUUAAAUGUAUGCGCAAUACCUUUUGGUGCUAAAUUUUCACUACUAAUUUUAAGAAAAUUAUUGUUAAUAUAAUUAAAACCUAUUUGUCGUCGUCUUAAUUAAGAAACCAGUUUUACCGUUUUGUAAAUAGAUACCUACCUACAUUUUUAUUGCAAUGGAACCCAUCAGUUUCAGUUAAUUUUAAUAGUAAUUAAACGAGAAAUAGGUCAUUAAUGUAAAUGUAAAUAAUUAAAGUAUAAGAUUUUCCUUUUUAUUCGUUUAAUGUUUUUAACGAAUUAAUCAAAUUCAAACUUUUAACUAUUAAAAUAAAAUCUAACUAGUCUUAAUAAGUACUUACUUAAAAAAAUAAUAAAACAUACUAAGAAAAA